AUGUUGCUCUCAAUCAGUGUCAUUCUAAUCUUAUGGUUUUCCACUGUUGGGGGUCAAGGGGGAUUUUGUGGUUUUCCGAAAAUAAAGCAUGGAAUUCUAUAUGAUGAAAAUAAAUAUAAAUCAGCCCUUCCAGCUGCUGUGGGAACAAUCUUCUAUUACUCCUGUGAAUAUAGUUUUAUGUCUCCUUCAAAAUCCUUUUGGACUCGCAUAACCUGCACUGAGGAAGGAUGGCUGCCAACCCCUAAGUGCCUCCGAUUGUGUUUCUUUCCUUCUGUGGAGAAUGGUUACUCUUCGUCUGCAGGAAAAACACACAUAGAAGGUAACAUGGUGAAAAUUGACUGUGACAUAGGCUAUAAACUUCCAAAUAAUGAGAGCACCAUUUCAUGUGCAGAAGGUGGCUGGUCCUCUCCUCCCAAAUGCAGCUCCAUCAAGUUCACAGGGCAAUGUGGGCCACCUCCACCCAUUGCCAAUGGAGAUAUCACUUCAUUCCCAUUAGCAGUAUAUCCUCCAGGGUCAUCAGUAAAGUACCUUUGCCAGUCCUUCUAUGAACUCCGAGGCUCCACAGUUGUAACAUGCAGAGAUGGACAGUGGUCAGAACCACCAAUUUGCGUAGAUGCAUGUGUAAUAUCUGAAGAAAACAUGAACAAAAAUAAUAUACAGCUAAAAUGGAUAAAAGACAAAAAACUUUAUUCAAAAACAGGGGACAUUAUUGAAUUUGAGUGCAUACAUGCAUAUAAAAUGAAAACACCGCAACAAUCAUUUCGAGCAACUUGUCAGGAAGGGAAAAUUGAAUAUCCUAGGUGUGAAUAA